CAUAAGAGUGGAUAGACAAAAGCAUUAAUCUGUGAUAUAAAAGAGGCCCCACCCCUCAGUCAAAGCGUAGCCCCCUUCCUCCCCAUUUCCCAUCCCAACAUUUAUAUAACGAACCUCCAUUCCUCGCCACCUCUUUGCAGGGCCACUCUCAUAUACAAUUUCUCACACACACACACACACUAAAUUAAAGCAAUGGAGAUGGAGGUGAUGAUGCCCUCCCCCGCUCGCGACUUCAACUUCGACAGCGCCUCCACCACCCCCUUCAUCAGCGCCCCCUCCAGCCCCCAACGCUUCGGCUCCUUCUUCUACAGCGCCCCCACCAGCCCCUCCCGCAUCUCCGCCAACAUCCCCUUCCACUGGGAGGAGCGCCCCGGCACCCCCAAGACCGCCACCUCCUCCAACUACGGCGACGCCGCCGAUCAGGACCUCGACGACGCCGACUUCGCCUUCGACUUCAGCGGCCACCUCGAGCGCCACUCCCUCCCCGCCGACGAGCUCUUCCACGGCGGCCAGAUCAAGCCCCUCAAACCCCCGCCCCCCUUCCACUACGACCCCCACCGCCCCCCCAAAUCCCCCCGCAAGGCCUUCUCCCCCCGCCACCGCGUCAGAGACGUCGACCCCUUCGCCGCCGCCAUUGAACAAACAACCAAAAAGAACACCACCGCCGACAGAAGAGGGAGAGAGAGAAAGCAGCAGCCGCCACCAUCAUCAAGAGAGAGAAACAAGGGGUCGUCGCGAUCGCUCUCCCCCUUCCGCGUCUCCGACCUCCUCUUCGACCCCGCGGAAAACGACACCGUGAAUGAAGAAGAUAAUCCCAAAACCAAUAAUAACAACUCGAUAUUCUCUUCCUCGUUUUGGUACAAGAAGUGGAAGAUCAAAGACCUCCUGCUGUUCAGGAGCGCGUCGGAGAGCCGCGCCAAGGACAAGCAAUACUCGCAGCUGAAGAAAACCCCACGCGCCGACGACGUCAGGAACUCCAGCUUCCGAUCCACCGACAGCGCGGGCUCCGUUUCCAGCCGGAGGCCGCCGAUCUCCGCGCACGAGCUGCAUUACACGGUCAACAGGGCCUUCUCCGAGGAGAUGAGGCGGCGGACGUUGCUGCCGUACAAGCAAGGAUUGUUGGGAUGCUUAGGGUUUAAUCCCGCCGCGCCGGACAUGUCUAAGGGGAUUAGCCCCGCCACUUCUUUGCCGCGGGUCUGAAAAUUUCGAAAAAUUAAUCUCUUUUAUUUGAUUCAUCUUGUUCGUCCAUGUACACGUUCUUUUUUUUUUUUUUGGAUCAUGAUAAGUUGAUUAGGAAAUUGUUGCGGAUAGCGUAUGUAGAGGAAUAAUAAUACUUUUAUUUUUAUACAGUACUAUAUGAUAUUCAUAUGAUAUGAUGAGACGAUUCAAUUUGUACA